AUGCCUCGCAACGAUUUGGAAUCCUUGGUGAGCGAUGAUGAGGCGCCACGCACUCUGGAUGCUGCUGCAACGGCAACAACAACACCGAGCACAGCUUCCACCGGCGAGGAGGUGCCCCUCCCACCGCCAGCGCUGGACUACAGCAGCUAUCGCUGGUUCAUCCUGGAGCCCGCAGUAUUUCUGAUCUUCUUUGCCAGAUAUCUAAUUGGGGCGGUUUAUCAGAAUCAAAUCCUCUAUCAAACCUGCGUCACCAUCAUGAAGUAUAAUGCCACGGAAUGCGAGCCGUUGCUGGGCAUCGAUCGGGGAGAAUCGGAGGCGUCGAAAAAAAUCGAGGUUCAAGUGCAGGAAUAUUCGGCCAACAUUAUGAUGACGACCUCUCUACUCGAGAGCAUAAUACCAGCGUUUGUGAGUCUAUUCCUGGGUCCCUGGUCGGACAAGUUCGGCCGGCGGCCCAUCCUCCUGACAACCUUCACGGGCUACCUCACGGGCUCAAUUAUAUUGCUAAUUAUAACUAGAAUAACAAUGGCCACCAAUAUAAGUCCUUGGUGGUUCCUGCUCUCGUCUGUGCCCUCGGUUCUCAGCGGAGGAACUUGCGCCUUGAUCACUGGCAUCUAUUGCUACAUUUCGGAUGUGGCCAAGGAGCGCAAACGAGCCCUCAGAAUGGUCCUGAAUGAGGCGUCCCUGUGCACGGGCAUGAUGGUGGGCAAUGUGGCCAGCGGGUAUAUCUAUGCAGCAACGAAUGCUUUCACCCUCUUCUUCAUUGCCAGCUGCCUGAUGGGCCUGUCGCUGAUGUAUGUCUAUUUCUGUGUGCCCGAGAGCCUGAUACCCGAUCAUCUGCCCACUGGAUCCCGCAUUCGCGAGUUCUUCCGCUUCGAUUUGGUCAAGGAUCUGGUACGCACCUGCUUCCAAAGGCGACCCAACUAUGACCGUGCCAUUAUCUGGCUAACGAUGAUCGCUCUGACCAUAGCCAUCUUUGAUAUGGAGGGCGAGAGCACUGUCAACUACAUGUUUAUGCGAGAACAAUUCGACUGGACCAUCAAGGACUUCAGCCUCUUCAAUGCCGCGCGAAUUGUCAUCCAGAUUGUGGGCAGCAUAGUCGGCAUGGUGGUCCUGCGUCGCGUCUUGAAGUUGUCCAUCAUAACAAUGGCCAUGCUGGCGCUCGCUUGCUGCGUCCUUGAGAGCACAGUACGCGCCACGGCCGUGUACUGGCAGGAGAUGUAUGUCGGCAUGACAUUGGGCAUGAUGCGCGGCGUCAUGGGACCCAUGUGUCGUGCCAUUCUCUCCCACGUUGCGCCGAGUACGGAAGUGGGCAAGAUAUUCGCACUGACCACAUCGAUGGAGUCUGUUUCGCCGCUGGGCGCUGCUCCCCUGUACACGAGCGUGUACAAGGCCACGGUGGAGUUUUAUCCUGGAGCAUUUAACUUCAUCAGCGCGGUCCUUUACUUUGUGUGCUACGUUCUGAUUGCCAUCAUAUUCGGCAUACAGAAGUCGAUGGGCAGCAGCAGCGUCUAUCAAGCCAUUGGCAGUUAGCUGUCUCCCAGCUCCGCUUAGUUGAAUGCAUCUCAAAGACCAAUUAAAUCUGUUCAUGUGGGCGUGUGUGAUUGGAAAACUACGAGUAUUUUUGUAUUUUAAAUUCGUGUAGUCACAACUUGUGCAAGUAGAUAGUAUUAUUAUUGUGAA